AUGGCAAAGGUCAGUGUGAAUAGAUUUGGCCUCAUUGGAAGCCUAGUUACCAGGGCUACCCUCUGCUCUGCACUUGGUAAAGUGGAGAUUGUUGCCAUCAACAUCCCCUUCAUUGACCUCAACUACAUGUUCCAGUAUGACUCCACCCAUGGCAAGUUCAAUGGCACAGUCAAGGCUGAAAAAUGUGAACAGACAUCCGAGGACCCAGUAAAUGGCAUCCUGCGCUAUACUGAGGAUCAGAUUGUUUCCUGUGACUUCAACAGCAACUCUCAUUCCUCUACCUUUGAUACUAGAGCUGUCAUGGCUCUCAAUGACAACUUUGUAAACCUCAUUUCCUGGUAUGACAAUGAAUAUGGCUACAGCAACAGGGUGGUGGACCUCAUUGCCUACAUAACCUCCAAGGAAUAA